AGAAUAAGUUGGUCAGUUCGGUAACAACACAACACACUUUAAAGUUCGAUGAUAUUUAUACACAACAACUCACACAUCUUGAAGCCGGCCGGAGACGCGCAGAGAAGCUUUUCUUUAAGUGAUCGCUCACCUGUGAGGUCGUUUCAUAAACCUUCUUUGUAAUUAUUGUGCAAUCCGGUUCAUCGGUAUACACGAAGCAUGACACUCGACUGGGGUUAUGGAUCGAAAAAUGGUCCCCAAACAUGGACAUCCCAUUUUCCUGACGCGGCUGGUGAACGCCAAAGUCCCAUCGACAUUAAACCCGUAGACGUGAAAAUCUUAAACACCAACAAGAAAUUACAUUGGAAAUACGAAACCGAAAAUUUGGCCGAAAUUUCCAACACCGGUGCCAACUGGAAGGUUGAUGUUAAAGGGAAAGGAUCAGAAUUAGCCGGAGGGCCGCUUCUAUACGAAUACGUGUUAAACCAGUUCCACUGCCACUGGGGGGAAUCCAAUGAUAAAGGCUCAGAACAUACGAUAAACGGUCAACAUUUUGCUGGUGAACUCCAUCUGGUGCACUGGAAUUCUGCAAAAUAUUCCUCCAUUGAGGAAGCAGCGAGAAAUCCUGACGGAUUGUGCGUACUAGGAGUGUUUUUAAAGCCCGGCAAAAAACACGAAGAAUUAGAUAAAGUCGUGAGGCAACUAAACAAAAUUCAGUACAAGAACCAAUGUUGCAGGAUACUGGAAUCGGUUGAUCCCAGUAAUUUUCUUCCAGAAAACUCUGGAUACUACACUUAUCACGGAUCUCUCACCACACCUCCUUGCUUGGAAUGUGUUGUCUGGAUAAUUUUUAAAGAACCCGUUGAAGUAUCAACAGAACAGCUGGAAGCCUUCAGAAAUUUGAAAUCCUUCUGCAAGGAAGAAAAAUAUUGCGACGAAUACGAUGGAUUCGUAAAGAGAAAUUUCAGACCGACUCUGCCGGUAGGACAACGAGAAGUCAAAGAAUGCAGACAAUAAAACAUUUUAUAACAGCGACGAAACAAGGAUUUAUAGUCGAGUCGAUGUAUAAAUAUAAGCACGUCGACGAAUAACCUAUAACGCGAGACGCACAUAGUUAAAAUUAAUUAGCUUUCACAGGCGGAGACGAAAUUUUCAUUCGUAUCAAUUUCAUGGCCCGCGUCCUCGAAUCGCACAAGAAAACCGAUUCGAUCAUUGCUUUAUUAAUUUGCUUAUUAGCAUAGCUAAUGCGGUUUUACUUAAACGUUCCUAAUUCAAUAAUUUUGGAUACUUUUUUUACCUAUUAG